CUUUCCGGUCCAAAAUGUCGUUCACCAAGUUUGUGGAGACGGGUCGCGUCGCCAAGUGCGCGGUUGGAAAAUACAAGGGACGCCUUGUGUGCAUUGUCAAUGUGAUUGACCAAAAUCGGGUUCUGAUCGAUGGACCUACCAGCGGUGUUCCCCGGCAACAGUACGCCGUCAACCAUCUGCAUCUGACGAAGUUCCGUGUACGCUUCCCGCACACUGCCCGUACCCGUCUUGUGCGCGAUGCCCUCGAGAAGUUCGACAUUAAGAAGAAGUUUGCUGAAACCAGAUGGCACGAACGGGCUGUCGCUAAGUACAAGCGCUUCAACAUGACCGAUUUCGAUCGCUUCAAGCUGCGUCUGGCUCGCCGUGAACGUAACCGCGUCGUGAGCGCGCAGUACAAGAAGAUGAAGAAGGUGGUCGUCAGCAACGGCAUGCUGUUCGGUAAGCCCCGCAAGGGAACGAAACCGCUACCGCCGAAGCGCGAAAAGAAGCCCGAGGACGCGAAGAAGAAGAAGAAGGUGCGUCCGGCCAAGAAGGGUGCUGCUGGCGCUCCGGCCAAGAAGAAGUGAGCGGUUGGCAAAUAAUAUCUACGUUCGGGAGUGUGUAUAAUUAUUAAAAGCCGUUCAGACUACAAAAAAA